GCCCUCUCCCUCCCUCUCCCUUGUUCCUUAUACUCUCUUCCAGUCAAAGAUCGCCGUUUAUUUUUCUCUCCCUUUCCUCUUCUCUCUGUACCUCUAUCUUCAAUAAUCUUCCAAGGCUAGUCCUACAGCGCGAGUCGCUUUUUGAUAUCGAUCACAUUCGUUCGUUCGUUCGACUACAGCUUCGAUUCCGAGUCUUCUCUACCGUUUUCUUCGCCAGAACGAACAUCUAUUCAAAAUGCAGCUUACAACACUCGCUCUCGCAGCCCUCGCGGGCGUCGCAUCCGCCCAGCAGGCCGGCACGAAAAUGAUUGUCGUCACCGUCGGCGCCAACAACAGCCAGAUCUACUCGCCCGAGAACAUCCGUGCUGCCGUGGGUGAUGUCGUUCAGUUCCAGUUCCCCUACGGCAACCACACCGUGACCCAGUCGACCUUCGACCAGCCGUGCCAGCCUAUCUCCAUGAACAGCAACGUCACGGGCUUCCACUCAGGCUUCCAACCCGCUGCGGCCAGCCAAGCUCAAGGCAUGACUUCGACCUUCAGCAUCAUGAUCAACAACACCAACCCCAUCUGGGUCUACUGCGCCCAGGGGAAGCAUUGCGAGAACGGCAUGGCCUUGGUGAUCAACGAGAACACCGCCGCAAACCCCCCCAAGACUCUCGCGGCAUACAAGGCUGCUGCUGUCAAGGCCAACACCGUUGUCCCCGGCGCCGGUGGUUCCACCGGUGGCACCAACGGCAACAACGGAGGCAAUGGCGGCAACAACGGAGGCAACGGCGACGGAACCAAUGUCAACGGAGCAAUGGCCGUUGCUGCCCCCACCUUCAGCGUGCUUGCAAUCGUCGGUGCGCUCCUCAUGCUCUAGGGUGGGUGGUUGUUGGUUCGGUUGUCUGUCCUGGAAUUGCGUCUGUUUCCCAUUCUAGACCGGGGAGUCUCUGGUGGAUGUCCAAACGGCUUAAUUAAGCGUAUACAGGGUCGCAUGGCUGUAGCGAUCAAAGAUCCCGAUCGGUAUUGCUUAUUCCGGGUGGUGGGGUGUCUCUGAUUCUGUACAUGACCAUGCACGGGCGACGUGUUGUUAUAUACCUGCAUUUAAAUUGAGUUGUGGUCUUUUUUUUGUUCUGGCAUUGUCUGUGCCCCCAUGGUAGGGUACCUACCUAGUUGCAAGUGACUCUUGUGGUCCGAAGUGCUGGAUAUGUGGAAGGUUCGACAUCACAGACACCCAAAAGACUAGGUCUUCUUGACCGACUCUCCCUG